AUGGGCGACACGUUAGGAGCCAUCGUGGAGUACUUGGAGCGGAACAACCUCCACAGGGCCGCGGAGGCGCUGCGACUCGAAAUGUCGCAGAAGCAGGCGUCGCAGAAACGUCCUUCGCAGAAGUUUCCUUCUCAGAAGUUUCAGCAGUCAUCUCCUCCCGCCUCCUCCGCCGCCGCCGGCGCCUCCUCCUCCUCCUCCCGCCCUCCGCCCGACCCGUCCGACAUGGACGUGAAUCUCUUCCUCUGGAUGAAGCAGGACCAAAUGUUUAAUGGCGGCUCCGGGUUUUCCGGCGCAGGUGGCGGCGCCAGCAGCGGCGGCGGGACCGGCGGGGGGAACAGCGGCGGAAGCGGCGGCGGGUUUGCGGGAUUCGCGGGAUUCAAUGCGAUCGCGCGGAGCAACACGGCGCCGUCGCAGUUCCUGGAACACGCCGGCCUGCCGUGGUCGCCCGCGCACUCUCCGCCCAUGGCGCAAUCCCCCUCCGCCACUCCCCCCUUCUCCCAAUCCCCGUCCGGCACUCCCCCCACGCAAUCCCCCUCCGUCACUCCGCCGGGCCGCUCUCCUCGUCAGCCGCCGCAAAAUCUUUCUUCUCUCUCUUCUUCGGGAGCACCUCCUCCUAAGAACGAGCAUCCGUUUUCCACGACGUAUUUCCCGAAAUCCCCGUCCCUGCCGUCCCCCACGUCUCUCCCGUCCCCCCGAUCCCUGGACGUAGUUCUCGAGGAAGACGCCUCUCUGCACGCCGCCGCUCUUGCCGAACCGAAUAGCUCAGGUUCGGCAGCAGGUUCGGCGAAAUCAGGUUCGGCAGCAUCAGGUUCGGCAGCGGCAGGUUCGGCAGAAGCAGCUUCGGCGUCAUUAGCGCCUUCGGAUCGGGAUCGCGGUGCGACGGGAGGGCAGGAAGCAGAGAGCCGCAAUUUCGUUCCUCUCGUAGUUGCAGACCCUAUUCUCGGCUUAACCGAAUCCCCUACUAAAGCUGCUCCGGUAUUGGAUAUAGCACCUUCCCCUGCUGACGCCGCCCCACUUGCGUCCGCGUUAGACAGUGGUUUUCCCCGUUUAAAGCCGAUUCGCCUCAGUGCAGAGAGCCGCGAGGGGGUGAACCUGGUCGCGUCGCUGGACUUUGGGAUUGGUUCCCUGCGGGAGAGCAGAGGAGGCGGGGAGCGAGACGGCGGGGGGAGUGACUGGGGCGCAGGGGGAAGCGCAAGGGGCAGCGGAGGAAGCGCGAAGAACAGUGGGGGAAGCGCAAGAGGGAGCGCGGGGAACGACAGAGGGAGCGGGGGGAACGAGUUGGAAGGUGUGGGUGGGUUGGGAGAGGUGGAAGUGGGUACAGAGGUCCUGGAAUUUGCAGCGGUGCCCGGUGUUCGAGAGGUGGGGGAAGUGCACGGACUGGCGGAAACGGAUGGGCGGAGAGACGUGGCCGCUCCCCCCCAGCAACAGGGGCAUCAGGGACGGGGGCAGCAGGGGGCGGGGCAGCACCAGCGGCAGGCAUCAGGGGAGCGCAGCCCCGUGGGGUCCUCCGCGCCCUCCUCGCCCCUCCCUACAAUCACAAUCGGCCCCGUGGUCGUUGGCUCACAGGUGGUCUCAGAGGAAUUCGGUAUUAGGCGCCCGCAUGGUGCCAGUGCGUUAGCAGGAGAGGGAGGGUCAGGGAAUGUGCUGGGAGGCUUGCCUCAUGAGCUUACUCGCAGCUCUCCUCUUGAGCUGACUCGAAAUUCGCCCAGGGGAGGGUUGGGAGGAAGCGGAGGGUCCGGGCCUGUGCUGUCUCGUUCGGGGACGGCGGACGGGUCAGCGUCGGUGGUAACCAGGUCCACGUCAGCAGCUGCUGAGUCAGACGCGGGGGAGCGCGGGCAGGAGGUGGAUUAUAGCGAGAUGCUGCUGUUAGAGGUUAGUGGGUCUGACUCUGACGCGUAUGAAGAUGAGGAGGACGUGGGGUAUGUGAGGAGAUUAGUGGAAGAUGAGGAGAGGUUCCUAUUGUAUGAGUUGGAAUCGGAAGCUGAUGACGAGAAGGCGAGCAGCAGCAAGGUAUCAGUGGGUAAGGGUGAAGGCGCGGGUGCAUUGACGGAUGAGAAGGGGGGCAGCAGCAGCAAGGGAUCGGAGGGUAAGAGUGGGGGAGAGGGGAGUGCUUUGGAUAAGGACUUGUCGGUCCGUGAGGCAGAGAAGUGGAGCAGCAGUGGGACUGCAGGGGAAGGGGUGGAGAUGAGUUCUGAAGCGGUGCAGAAGGGUAGUGGGGCAGGGGAGGGGGCAAAAUCAGGGAGCGGGGCAGCAGGCGCUGCAGCAGGGGGGGCAGAGGGUGUUGACGAGGGGGAGAAAGGGCGAGGGGGUGGAGGGGAGAGGUUGAACGGUGGGGCAGAGGUGGUGGAGGGAGGGAGUGCUGUGGAUCUCAUUGAUACGAGGACCAGUGGCGCUGGUGGCGUGGAUUGUGGUGCCUCUAAGAGUGCUGAUAGGAAGGGUGGCAGGGGUGUGCUGUUACAGAAUGUGAUUGUAGGAGACGGGGCGAGGGGCAAUGGGAGCGGGGCAGGGGAGGUUGCGGAGGAUGGCCAGAGGGACGACGAGCAAGGGGCGGAGGGUGGGGGAGGUGGGUUUUGGGAGGACUUUGGAGGGUUUGGGGGGGGAAGAGACAGGGGAGGAGGGGAUGAGGGAGGUGGGUUUGGGCACGAUGGGGAAGGGGGGGGCUUUUCAUUCCACUCGCCCUCGAGUAACGAGGGGCUUUCGCGGGGUAACUCCGGGUGGUCGGGGCUGGGGGAGGGGUUAACUCCCCCGUCUCUGGGCAGCAGCGGAGCAGCAGGCAUGGGGGAACAGGAGCUAGAGCACGAGUUAGAGAGAAUGGGGAGCGUGGCUGAUAGCACUUUAGAGGUUUGGAAGAAACAUGCUAGUGGUACGUUCCCCAAGCUGGCCCAGACAGCUUCGGGGAACUGGGAUUUUGCGGAAAAAGGGAGUGUGGGUGGGGGAGGAGGGGAGGGGAGGAGUGGGGCGGGGAGUGAGGGGGGGAGUGCACGGAGUAGUGUGGGUGGGGAUAGGCGGUCGAGGCUUUCAGUAGAAUCUGUUGAAGUGGGGGAGUUGGGGGAGGUGGGGGAGGUGGGGGGAUUGGGGGGAAUGGGGGGGGGAGAGGUGGGAACGGGAGAGGAAGAGAAGAAGCAGGAUGAGGCUAGUGCGGGAGGAGCAGGGAGCGGGAAGGCAGUGGGAAAGGAAGGAGGGGAUGGGGCAGUGGGUGCUGAGAAGAAGGCAAAGAGUGGGGAGCAGGCAGCAGUAAUGGAUAAAGAGGAGGGGAAGGGGAAGGAGGAAGGGAAGGCGAAAGAGGAGGAGUUUGAGACGUUCAGUUUGAGAGUCAUCCAUAGAAAGAACAGAACGGGGUUUGAGGAGGACAAGGACUUCCCAGUGGUCCUCAACUCAGUGAUAGCAGGUCGAUACUACGUGACAGAGUACCUGGGGGCAGCGGCGUUCAGCAAGGCGAUCCAAGCACACGACCUGCACACGGGCAUGGACGUGUGCAUGAAGAUCAUUCCCUUUCCCUGCUUCCUCCCCUACCUCCUUGCCUCCCUGCUUCCUCCCCUACCUCCUUGCCUCCCUGCUUCCUCCCCUGCCUCCUUGCCUCCCUGCUUCCUCCCCUACCUCCUUGCCUCCCUGCUUCCUCCCCUACCUCCUUGCCUCCCUGCUUCCUCCCCUACCUCCUUGCCUCCCUGCUUCGCAGAACGGGCAGCGUUCAGCAAGGCGAUCCAAGCACACGACCUGCACACGGGCAUGGACGUGUGCAUGAAGAUCAUCAAGAACAACAAGGACUUCUUCGACCAGAGCCUGGACGAGAUCAAAUUGUUGAAGUUUAUUAACAUGCAUGACCCUGUGGACGAGCACUGCCUGCUGCGGAUGUAUGAUUACUUCUACCACCGGAGCUUGGACGAGAUAAAGCUGCUCAAGUUUAUCAUUCAGCAUGAUCCCGCGGACGAUCACUGCCUGCUGCGGAUGUAUGAUUACUUCUACCACCGACCGGGAAGGACAGCGGGGUGGUGGGUCGGGAGUGGGACAGCAGCACCACCACCACAACCACCACCAGCAGCACCAGCGGCUGCUGAUAAUGGCGCUGCUGGGAGUGGUUCUGCUGCUACCGAUAAUGAUGGUGCUGCUGUAUGUGGUGGUAGAGGCGUAACUGCUGGUGUUGAUGGUGCAGAUGCUUGUGUGGGCAGCGGUGUUGCUGCUUUAGGAGCAGCAAGCUUCCCUUCCUCUCACUCUCUUGUUCCACACCUCUCUCUCUCGUCACCCCGCUGUUUCCUCUCCUCACUUGAGCAUCUCUUCAUAAUAUGUGAGCAGCUCAGCUUCAUGCACUCGCUGGGCUCAUUCUCUCCAGCCCCUGAAGCCCCUACAAUCCAAUCAACCCCAUCUUCCACACCUCCUCCCCUCCCUCCUUCCCCCCCCUUCCCCUCCCCUCCCUCCUUCCCCCCCCUUCCCCUCCCCUCCCUCCUUCCCACCCCCUGCCCCCCUCCCUUCCCAUCCAUAGCCAAGCAGAUCUUGAAAGCCCUACGCUUCAUGCACUCGCUGGGGCUAAUCCACUGCGAUCUCAAGCCGGAAAACAUCCUCAUUAAGAGCUACUCGCGCUGCCUCGUUAAGGUGAUCGACAUCGGCAGCAGCUGCUUCACGUGGGAUGCGCUGUGCUCGUACGUGCAGUCUCGGUCGUACCGCGCGCCAGAGGUCAUCCUGGGGCUUCCCUACGGGCCCAAGAUCGACGUGUGGUCGCUCGGGUGCAUUCUCGCUGAGCUCUGCUCUGGACAGAGUAGGGAGAAGGGAGAUGAGAGUAGGGAGAAGGGAGACGAGAGUAGGGAGAAGGGAGAUGAGAGUAGGGAGAAGGGAGAUGAGAGUAGGGAGAAGGGAGAUGAGAGUAGGGAGAAGGGAGAUGAGAGUAGGGAGAAGGGAGAUGAGAGUAGGGAGAAGGGAGAUGAGAGUAGGGAGAAGGGAGAUGAGAGUAGGGAGAAGGGAGAUGAGAGUAGGGAGAAGGGAGAUGAGAGUAGGGAGAAGGGAGAUGAGAGUAGGGAGAAGGGAGAUGAGAGUAGGGAGAAGGGAGAUGAGAGUAGGGAGAAGGGAGAUGAGAGUAGGGAGAAGGGAGAUGAGAGUAGGGAGAAGGGAGAUGAGAGUAGGGAGAAGGGAGAUGAGAGUAGGGAGAAGGGAGAUGAGAGUAGGGAGAAGGGAGAUGAGAGUAGGGAGAAGGGAGAUGAGAGUAGGGAGAAGGGAGAUGAGAGUAGGGAGAAGGGAGAUGAGAGUAGGGAGAAGGGAGAUGAGAGUAGGGAGAAGGGAGAUGAGAGUAGGGAGAAGGGAGAUGAGAGUAGGGAGAAGGGAGAUGAGAGUAGGGAGAAGGGAGAUGAGAGUAGGGAGAAGGGAGAUGAGAGUAGGGAGAAGGGAGAUGAGAGUAGGGAGAAGGGAGAUGAGAGUAGGGAGAAGGGAGAUGAGAGUAGGGAGAAGGGAGAUGAGAGUAGGGAGAAGGGAGAUGAGAGUAGGGAGAAGGGAGAUGAGAGUAGGGAGAAGGGAGAUGAGAGUAGGGAGAAGGGAGAUGAGAGUAGGGAGAAGGGAGAUGAGAGUAGGGAGAAGGGAGAUGAGAGUAGGGAGAAGGGAGAUGAGAGUAGGGAGAAGGGAGAUGAGAGUAGGGAGAAGGGAGAUGAGAGUAGGGAGAAGGGAGAUGAGAGUAGGGAGAAGGGAGAUGAGAGUAGGGAGAAGGGAGAUGAGAGUAGGGAGAAGGGAGAUGAGAGUAGGGAGAAGGGAGAUGAGAGUAGGGAGAAGGGAGAUGAGAGUAGGGAGAAGGGAGAUGAGAGUAGGGAGAAGGGAGAUGAGAGUAGGGAGAAGGGAGAUGAGAGUAGGGAGAAGGGAGAUGAGAGUAGGGAGAAGGGAGAUGAGAGUAGGGAGAAGGGAGAUGAGAGUAGGGAGAAGGGAGAUGAGAGUAGGGAGAAGGGAGAUGAGAGUAGGGAGAAGGGAGAUGAGAGUAGGGAGAAGGGAGAUGAGAGUAGGGAGAAGGGAGAUGAGAGUAGGGAGAAGGGAGAUGAGAGUAGGGAGAAGGGAGAUGAGAGUAGGGAGAAGGGAGAUGAGAGUAGGGAGAAGGGAGAUGAGAGUAGGGAGAAGGGAGAUGAGAGUAGGGAGAAGGGAGAUGAGAGUAGGGAGAAGGGAGAUGAGAGUAGGGAGAAGGGAGAUGAGAGUAGGGAGAAGGGAGAUGAGAGUAGGGAGAAGGGAGAUGAGAGUAGGGAGAAGGGAGAUGAGAGUAGGGAGAAGGGAGAUGAGAGUAGGGAGAAGGGAGAUGAGAGUAGGGAGAAGGGAGAUGAGAGUAGGGAGAAGGGAGAAGGGUACGGGAAGAUGAGAAAGGGCAAGAAUGGGAAGAUGGGGAGGGGGGGGGCGCAGCAGCUGCAUUUCGUGGGGCCACUUGUGCUUGUGUGUGAUGCCAUGGUGCUCUUUCAAAACGACUCCCUGGCAACGUUGCUGGCGCGCGUGGUGGGCAUCAUAGGGCCCAUCGACCCGGCUCUGCUGCGCAGGGCCAAAGAUUCCCACAAGUACUUCACACGGCACCGCGUGCUGUAUGAGAGGAACCCGGAGACGGAUGCAUUGGAGUAUCUGAUUCCCAAGAGGACGUCUCUCAAGCACCGGCUGCCCAUGGGAGAUGAGGGGUUCCUUGAGUUUGUGGCGUUCCUGCUACAGGAGUUCGAUUCAUGCACAGAGUAUUGGCGCAGCGACGUGGCGAAACCUCGAGGAUCGCAACGGCAAGAGGAGCCUGCGCGUGGAGGGGAGGACGGCCGGGCAGACCUCAGCCUAGCUGACGGUGUGGCGGCUGGUGCUGGCGAUCCGCCUUUGGGUGGAAAGUCCCUAUCCAUGCGAGAGUACGUGCGACUGUCGCAAAUGCUGCGCGCUCAGGUGGUCGACGAUGCUGACGCCCCUCCCUCCACCGCCGCACAACGCACUGACGCCCCUUUUACCACCUCCACACCGUUCCAAACUCCUUCUGUCGCACCAACGCCCUUCCACACGCCUGCUGUUGCAGCAACGCCGUUCCACACUCCUGGCGGUUUUAAACCCGCUUCGGGCGGCUCAAACCCCACUUCCAGCGGCUUGAAAUCCACGCCGUUUCAUUCCCCUGGCACGGCAACAGCAGCAGCAGCAGCAGCGUCUGCCACGCCGUUCUUUGACGCCGCACGCACCUUCGCCGCUCCUUCCAAAGGCGCUGAUAGGACGGUGCCGUCGGGAAGGGGAUUUGCUGGUAGGGGGUCUGCUGGAAAGGGGUUGACUGGCGGAGAUCCGGGAUCUAGAUUCGCCACGCCGGUGACCAAUGGUUGGGCGUCGCCUGCUGACGUGGAUGGUGGUGCUGCUGACGGGGACGAGGACGAGGAGUUUCACACGCCCGAUGUAAGCGUUGGCGGCAGAGGGGCCGCGCCCUUCUCAUCCCACCUGCUCGCCUCCGCACUGCACCUUCUGUUUCCCCCCCGUCCCUCCUCACACAACCCCUCCCCUUUUCCCCCUUCCCCGCCCCCUUGUGUCCGCCCCCUUCCUUCCCACGCCUCCCCUUCCUUACCACGCCUCCCCUUCCUUACCACGCCUCCCCUUCCUUACCACGCCUCCCCUUCCUUACCACGCCUCCCCUUCCUUCCCACGCCUCCCCUUCCUUCCCACGCCUCCCCUUCCUUCCCACGCCUCCCCUUCCUUCCCACGCCUCCCCUUCCUUACCACGCCUCCCCUUCCUUACCACGCCUCCCCUUCCUUCCCACGCUUUCCGCCCCUCCCUCCCCCUUCGCCCCCCCCCCCCCCCCCCCCCUUCCUCCUCCCCCUCCCCCUUUUCUCCGCCACCUUCCCAAGGGCGGGGCGUCGCCAGUGGAUAUCGCCAAAGCGUACAUGAGAGGUGACCUCCGCGCUGCUUCCACCGCCGCCGCCGCUGCUAUUGCUGCCGGCGCCGCUGCUGGUAGCGGUGCUGGUGGCGGUACCCCCACUGCUGCUGUUGCUGCUGCUAAUGAUGAUGAUGACGAUGACAAUGAUCCCUCUCCUGGGCGCGAGGGUGGAGACGGGAGGGCGAGCGGGUGGGGUGAGAUGGUGGUGGUGGGCUCUCGACGGCCCUCGGAUUCUGUUCUGGGGGACGCGUGGGGGCAGCAGGGGCAGCGGCAGGAGGAGGAGGAGGAGCAGAGGGGGGAGGAGGGGGAGCAGAAAGAGGAGGGUGGGUGGGGAAGGGAGAGGGGGGAGGAGAGGGAGGAUGGUAACGGGGAGCUGGUACGAGCUGUGUUCCCAGGCGCUGCUGCUUCUCGCGGCCGCUAUGCUGCUUCAGUGCCUGCUACUCCUAAGUCCGCCAAGCGAGCUCGCGACGAUGACGAGGCAGAUGUUGAUUGGCUGAGGGGAACCGAUUUUCUUCCCUCUGCCCGGCUCCGCGGGCAGGCUGCCCGUUUGCACGCGUUUGCCUCUCGCAGCAGCAGCGGCGGGCCGCGCAUGCUGCCCGGGGAGCUGCCCGGGUUUUCUCUGGGUGCACGGAAGGGCGCGUGGGAUAAGGCGUUUGAAGGGGUGGGAGACGGUGGAGGGCUGUUCCCAGAGAGGGAUACGUUUGGGCUGUUCGGGCGAAAGGGGUCAGGGAGAGAGGGGAAUAGACGGUUCGGACAAGACAGGCGCCAGCAGCAACUGGAGCAAGAGCAGCAGGGGCUGCAGGGGCGAGAGGGGCAGCAGCGGGCGGGGCAAAAUGUGCUGUCUGGAAUGAGCCUAGCCCCUGGCAAGUCACUAGAGACAGCUCAGAAGAUUCUCGCCAAGCUAGAGGAUAUCACAGGCGCGGGGGCGCAGGGGGGGAUGGGUGCAGGGCGGGGUGAGGGGCGCGGAGGCAUGGGGGGAAGCGGCGGGGGAGACGGGGUUGGCAGUGGUGCUGGUGGAGAUAGGGGUUUGGGCGGGUUUGGUGGGGUAAGCGGGGAUAGAAUUGGGCGGGGGGAGGGGGACGACAUAGUGGCGCCUCCCCUGACGUUCCUCCCCACGUACAUGAGCAGAAAGGCUGCUGGUGACCUCCCGCCCGCGCACCCUGCUCCAGGUGGUUUCUCAGGUGGUUUCUCAGGUGCCGGUGUGAGUGUUGCAGGUAUGCCUGCUGCUGCUGAUGGUGAAGCUGCUGCUGGUGUGAGUGCUGCAGGUUUUGGUGCUACUGGUGGGUUGGAGUGGGUGGGGCAGAAAGGGAAGGGGAACGAGGUGGUUGCAGAGGAUCGCAGGGAAAAGGGAGGCUUUGGCGGCGGGAAAGGCUCUGUUGGUGCCGCAACAGGCACAGGCACGGGAACAGGGUCGGGAGCAGGCACGGGAACAGGGACGGGGGUAUCAGGUUCGGGGGGGACGAAAGCUGCAAGUGCUGCUCCGGUGUUUGCCUUUGGUGCUUCUGCCACGCCUGCCACCGCGCCAGCCAAGAGUGGCUUCGCGUUUGGUGCUUCUGCCCCUCCUGCCACUGAACCACCUAAGAGUGGAUUCGCCUUUGGCGCCACUCCUUCUGCUCCAGUUUUCGGAUCGGCCAGUCCUGCUAUUGCAAGUGCUGCUGCUGCUGCCGCUGGUGGUGGUGGUGGUGGUGGCACUGCAGCUUCUUUGUUUGCAGCGUCACCGUUUGCUUUUGGAGGGAGGAGCAGUGGGGGAGGUGCGGAGGGGAAAGGGGUUGCUGCAGAGGCAGGAGCAGGCGGAGGGGAUGGGGAAGACGAUGAGGGAAGUGAACGACUGCAGUCUGACAGGCCAAAGAAGCGAGGUGGUGCUGGUGGUGGUGCCUCUGAAUGGAAAGCUGCUGGUAGCCCUUUUGCUGUUGCUGAUGGUGAUGGUGGUUCGUUCCCUAACCCGUUUGUGAAGCGGCCAUCCACCACACCAGCUGAGACGCUGGACAAGCCGGGAUCUACAUCCGCUUCCUCCUCCGCUUUUGCUCCGUCGUCCCUCUCCUCUGCUCCAGCUGCAGUAUCAGCACCAUCCCCGUUCUCGUCUUCUCCGUUUAAGUUCGGCUCAUCACCAGGAGCAGCAGCAGGGGCUGCAGCAACAGGAGCAGGAGGAGCAGCAGGGAAAGCAGCAGGAGGCACUGCCACUGCUCCCGUGUUCUCGUUUGGUUCGUCCUCUCCCUCCGCUGCUGCUGCUGCAUCCUCAUCUGCACCGGCCUCUAGCUCAUCCCCAGCCACCUCGCCCCCUUCAUUGUUCUUUGGCACAACAUUAGCGACAGCAUCGGGGGCCUCAAAAGCAGCAGCAGCAGCAGCAUCUUCCUCUCCUAUAUUCUCCUUUGGUGCUGCCCCCUCCUCCGCCUCCUCCCCCUCCCCCUCCUCCCCUUCUCCCUCCUCUCCUGCACCCACACCCUCUUCCACACCGGCCUCAACCACUCAAUUCUCCCCUUCAAACCUCUCCACCGCUUCCGUUCCCCCAACAGCCUCCUCUGCUCCGGUUUUCUCCUUCGCCUCUAAAAGCCCUUACGCUGCUGCUGCCUCAUCCCCUGCUGCUGCGUCAUCCCCUGCGGCCGGCUCAUCUGCUGCUGCUGCUGCUGCUGCUGCCUCGCCCCCUGCUACUGCCGGUUCGUCCCCUGCCGCUGCUCCGCUCUUCUCGUUUGGUGCUGCUGCCCCGUCCACCCCGCAAUUCUCCUUUGGCAAGCCGGCAGGUUCCUCUGCUUCCCCAACUGCAACCCCCGUGUUCUCAUUUGCUGCCGCCUCGCCUGCUGCUGCUGCCGCUGCUGGCUCACCUGCUCCUAGUGCUGAUGGCGCCAGCAAGGGCGUGUUUACAUUUGGAGGGUCAGCAGUUAACGGUGUUCCGACUUUUAAUUUUGGUGCCUCCGCUGCAGCACCAGCAACAGCAGCAGGAGCAACAGCUCCUGGUGCUCCUCUAUUUGGGGGCUUCACCCCUCCCCCUGCAGCAGCUGGUAAUACAGCUGAUGCUGAUGGUUCUGGUGAGAAUGGUAAUGGCAGCAACAGUGGUGCAACGGCUCCUGCUUCGCCGUUUGGGGGGUUUGGUGCGGUUGGGAAUGGUGGGGGGUUUGUGGGGACGCCUGGAGGGUUUUCACUGGGUGCUGGGGGGGAUGCAGGGGAGAAAACACCGGCAGUGUUUCUCGAAUGUAGCUCUGUCCACCAACUUCCCACUCACUCUCCCCCACCGCUCUCCCCCUCCCAAUCCCCUUCUUGCCCCCACCCCUUUCUUGCUCCCACGCCCGCUCCCACCCUCGCCCCCCUCCCCCACCUUCUGUUUGUGUGGUCGUGUGGUCGCUUGGUGCGAGCAGCGGCGAAGCACAAGGGAUACCUGCGGCGAGGGGUGAAGGAGGUCGCUAAAGCCGUGCGCAAGGGCGAGAAAGGGGUGUGUGUGUUGGGAGGGGACGUGUCGCCCAUUGAUGUCAUCUCGCAUCUCCCUGUGGUGUGUGAGGAGGCCAACAUUCCCUACACAUACGUGCCCAGCCGUGCG